AUGCGGACUGCGUUGUGGUCGAUACUGGUGCUGCUAUGCUUCUUCACAGGCGAAAUUUCGGGAUGUGCUCGACGCGCUCCUACUUCUAUCGACGACAGCAACACAAUUCACACCUUCUUGCCCAAAUAUUUGUUUAUCGACAUACCAAAUAGACUCAUCGUUCACUCCUCAAAGCCCUUGACCAAAAUCACUGUGAACAUGAUCGCUUUUGAACAGUCUUCCGAUGAUAUCGGUUUAACUGUAUUCAACAACCUCGAACCCACUACCAUCAUCAAUUCCCUCCGUGGUCACAUCAAGUACGUCUACAACCUGAAAUACUUAGUGCCCAUUGAAAUGGAGCCUGGCAGCCCUUUUAAUCUUCUUUUAAAUUACUUUUACUGUCCCGAAGGUGGAUGUCGUGAAACGGAAGACGAGACAAAGAUUACAAUGGUUAAAACUGUUCAGUUCAUGAAGCAUUUCACCAUCAUUAUGGGCGAGACAGACAAACCGAUGUAUCGACCUGGAGAUAAAAUAAGAUUCCGCUUUGUCGCUCUCAGUAGUCGGCAGAUAGUGCCGUAUUCUGGCUCCUUGACAUGGCCCGAAUAUCGUGCUGUAGGUUCCUCAUGGAAUGACAAAUACCUCGAGGAAAUCGGAGAGCAUGAACGCGACAGGCGAAUGAAACCACCA